GGCAGAGAGCGGAGGAGCGGAGAGGAACGGAGCCCGCAGGCGAGUCCCGGGGCGGCGGCAUGGCGGCGGAGCGCGGCUGGAGACUAUACCUUCUGUAAAGCUUUGUGGAAGAUAAAUGUGUGUGCUGCAAUGGUGACAUAAAUAUUUAAGAGGACUGGAGCAAGUUGUUGAGAAUCUGUGUGUAUUUUUAAUGCUGCUGUUGAGGGCAAUCUAAGACAAGUAAACAACAUGAGUUUUAUCAUGAAACUUCAUAGACAUUUUCAAAGAACAGUUAUUUUGCUGGCCACUUUUUGUACGGUGAGCAUUGUUAUUUCUGCAUACUACUUGUACAACGGCUACAAACAAGAAAAUGAACUUUCUGAAAUCUCUUCAGAAGUGGAAUGUGGUGAUCUUCCACUGUUUUCAUACAAGCUGAUGGAGAUGAAGACCAUGAAGUCUAUUGAUCCACUGAGGACAGAUCUUGUAGUGCUGGUGUUUGUGGAAAGUCAAUAUUCCACAUUAGGCCAAGAUAUAAUAACUGUUUUAGAAUCUAGCAGAUUUCAGUAUCACAUUGAAAUUGCAUCGGGAAAAGGUGACCUCCCAGUGCUUAUAGACAAAAAUAAGGGCAAAUAUGCUCUCAUAGUGUACGAAAAUAUUCUAAAGUAUGUGAAUAUGGACUCUUGGAACAGAGGUCUUCUAGAUAAGUAUUGCGUAGAAUACGGCGUAGGGGUUAUUGGAUUUCACAAAGGCAAUGAGAACAGCUUGCAGAGCUUUCAGUUGAAGGGCUUUCCUUUUCAUGUCCAUAGCAAUCUGGGUGUUAAGGACUGUUGCAUUAACCCUUAUUCCCCACUGCUCCAUGUGACUAAAUCCUCUAAGCUUGAGAAAGGUCCUUUGCUUGGAAAUGAUUGGGCAGUUUUCCAGAUUAAUCAUACAGCUUACCAACCAGUGAUAUUUGCAAAAGUAAAGACACCAGAAAACCUUUUGCCACCUGCUGCUAAAAGUGCUCUCCAUGCCACAGUAAUUCAUGACCUGGGUCUCCACGAUGGGAUACAACGAGUCCUUUUUGGCAAUAACUUGAAUUUUUGGCUGCACAAGCUGAUUUUCAUAGAUGCCAUCUCUUUUCUGUCUGGAAAGAAGCUCAAACUGUCCUUGGAUAGGUACGUUCUGGUUGAUAUAGAUGACAUCUUCGUUGGGAAGGAAGGAACAAGAAUGAAUGCCAAUGAUGUACAGGCUUUGCUUGACACUCAGAAUCUUUUGAGAACUCAGAUAACAAAUUUUACGUUCAAUCUGGGAUUUUCAGGGAAAUUUUAUCACACAGGCACUGAGGAGGAAGAUGAAGGUGAUGACCUGCUGUUGAGAUCUGUGGAUGAGUUUUGGUGGUUUCCCCAUAUGUGGAGUCACAUGCAGCCUCAUCUCUUUCACAAUGAGUCAUCACUGGUGGAGCAGAUGAUCCUCAACAAAAAAUUUGCCUUAGAACAUGGUAUUCCAACUGAUAUGGGCUAUGCAGUGGCUCCUCACCAUUCUGGAGUAUAUCCAGUGCAUGUUCAACUUUAUGAUGCCUGGAAAAAGGUCUGGAAUAUCAGAGUUACUAGCACAGAAGAAUACCCACAUCUGAAGCCUGCGAGGUAUAGACGAGGUUUCAUCCACAAAAAUAUAAUGGUGCUUCCUAGGCAAACUUGUGGCUUAUUCACCCACACUAUUUUCUAUAAAGAGUAUCCUGGAGGCCCAAAGGAACUAGACAAAAGUAUCCAAGGUGGAGAGUUGUUCUUCACAGUGGUUCUCAAUCCAAUUAGCAUCUUCAUGACACACUUGUCUAAUUAUGGAAAUGACCGCUUGGGGCUGUAUACGUUUGUGAAUCUGGCCAACUUUGUUCAUACCUGGACAAACCUGAAACUGCAAACUCUUCCUCCAGUUCAGCUGGCUCGCAAGUACUUCGAGCUAUUCCCUGAGCAAAAGGACCCACUCUGGCAGAAUCCCUGUGAUGACAAACGGCACAGAGAUAUCUGGUCUAAAGAAAAAACCUGUGAUCGAUUACCAAAAUUCUUGGUUGUAGGACCUCAGAAAACUGGUACCACCGCCUUGUAUUUGUUCCUGAUCAUGCAUCCUUCCAUCAUUAGUAACUCCCCCAGCCCAAAAACCUUUGAGGAGGUACAGUUCUUUAAUAGAAAUAACUACCACAGGGGGAUUGAUUGGUACAUGGAUUUCUUCCCUACUCCUUCCAAUGUCACCACUGACUUCCUCUUUGAGAAAAGUGCCAACUAUUUUCAUUCUGAGGAAGCUCCUAAGCGAGCUGCUUCCCUCAUUCCCAAGGCCAAGAUCAUCACUAUUCUCAUCGACCCAUCUGAUCGGGCGUAUUCCUGGUAUCAGCAUCAGCGCUCACAUGAAGAUCCUGCAGCCCUGAAAUUCAGUUUCUAUCAAGUGAUCACAGCUGGACCUCGAGCCCCUUCUGAACUUAGAGCUCUCCAGAAGAGAUGCCUAGCACCUGGAUGGUACGCUACACAUAUUGAGAGAUGGCUAACUUACUUCCCACCUUAUCAGUUGCUAAUUAUUGAUGGACAGCAGCUAAGAACUGACCCCUCUACUGUAAUGGAUGAAGUACAGAAAUUUUUGGGAGUCUCUCCUCAUUAUAAUUACUCAGAAGCCCUAACGUUUGAUUCACAUAAAGGUUUCUGGUGUCAGCUUCUGGAAGAAGGAAAGACCAAAUGCCUUGGAAAGAGCAAAGGUAGAAAAUACCCUCCUAUGGAUUUGGAGUGCAGGGCUUUUCUGUCAAGCUACUACAGAGAUCAUAAUGUGGAGCUGUCAAAACUCCUACACAAACUGGGACAACCUCUGCCGUCGUGGCUGAGACAGGAACUACAGAAAGUAAGAUAGCACUGAAAAAAUACAUUUUUGAAAUCUCUUCCACACUUCUGUCAUCCUACCCAAAGUCCAGUAGCUACCAGACAGUCUUGUAAAAUAUACCUCUGCAAAAAAUUGUAAAAGACAGAAAUUAUUUCCAUAUGCUGGCAUGUGGAUUGUGAAAAUACACGUGUUUCUUAGCGUACUGGUGGGACAAAUCUUUCUCAUAAACAUUUCUGGGCCUGUGGAGUUGUGGACUACUGUGCACGUAUGUGGAAGUUAACUGCAGCUGGUAUAUGCUUCAGAGAUACAUACCUGUCCAAUUUCAUGGUAAAUACUUACAUUUUUAUAUAUGAGUUUUAAAGUAUCGUGUCUCAUGUAGGUUUUGUAGCCCACUGUUAGACUGCUGUUUUUCCUAGUAUUUGAUUAUUGUGUCUUGCAUAAAAUAAGAAAAUUUAAUGUAGCAUAAAAUGCCAAGUGUACUUCUGCCAUUGGAAUCAGCUUGCUAAUACCUGAAGUAUAUUCUACUAAGUGUGAGAAGUACAGUUAUCACACAUUACUUACGUGUGCACAGCAACAAAAUCUGGAAUCCACAGGCAAAAGCAGUGUAGAAAAGAAAAAGAAAAUUACCUAUAGCCUGUAAAAAUAAAUCUUUACAAUGCAGUAAGGGCCUUUGUUCAUAAUCAGCCUGAUUUUGCAAUGACUGAAAUUGCAAAAUACAGAAUGUAUGCUGAAUCUGAACAGAAAUGUAAUUGGAUACAUAAAGCACUAAUGCUGCAAUAAAAUCCUUGUGAGCAGUGUUAUACUUCAGCAAUUGUGAACCAGACUGAAACAGUACAAUCAACAGUCUUUCACUGGCUUCUCUGAGCAGCCAAAUUUUGAUACUGCACUCUGGUCUUACAUCGCUGUGAAUCAGAAAUUACUCCACUGAAAUGAAUGAAAAAUUGAUAAAGAGCAGAAACAGAAUCAUACUUAGACUGCCUUAAUUUGCACUACUGGUUUUCCUUAAUUUAUUUGCCUUCAACCUGUGCUGUGUGUUUUCCAAGGUCCCUCAACCUGAUCAAACCUGUAGCAUCUUGCGGUGACCUUCAACUUAUAUCAGCUGCAAAAAUCUGAUUUCUAGAUGAAAAUAAUGAUUCUAGCUCCACACAUCUUAAAAAAGCUUGGUAUUAAAGUUUAGAAAUAAGCUUUAGGAAAGAGAAAUUAAGACAGUUUAUGGUAGAAAAUUAGUCUCCAAUCAUGAAAAAACACACAUAUCCAGCCUUACAUUUGUGAUACAUUUCAGUGACACACCUCAUAAUUCAUCAGUUUAAAUGUGAGAUAAAGUCUAAUCAGCCGUUCUUAAAAGUUGAAAAAGAUCAUUGAAAAUUUCAGCUGAGUAUGGCCUUCAGGUUUCUCCACUAAACUUUGGCUCUGAAUGUUUCUAAAGGCAUAAAGAGGUAGGGAAUACAAAAGAUUACUGCAGUACUAAAUGAAAUGCUUUCACAGUAGCUUUGUAUUAUUAUCAUAAUUUGUUUUAGGAUGAACUGUUAAAAUAUGCAUCAAAUGGUGGAAAAAAAUUUGUAUGUCUCGGUGCUGUUUUACAACCUUUAUGUAAUCAUAUAAUUUAACUUUCAAGAUAAUGGUAUGGAAACCAGUCUGUUAUUCCCUAAAUAGAAAACAGAUGUUGAGAUCCUUACUGUAACUUUAGCCGGUAAUUUUGAAUAUUUAUUGAUUUUGUCUGUGUAGUACCUGGUUUUGAUAGGCUUGUAAAGAAAAAAUCCAGACAGAUUUACUAUAUAUAACAAUAUUCUUUACACAGCACAUUUUUGCUAAGGGAAUAUGCAUGAUUAAUGAUGAGGACCUACCAGAGUAGACUUCUAAGAAGAACAUCUUUAUUAUUUAUAAGAGAAGAAAAAUUUUCAUUUCAUUUCAGAUAUUCACUGUUAUAUAGGUCUGAGCCAAAAUCUGACUUGUUUUAAAAUACUCUUAUUUGAUAAAAGAAAUGCUUUGAAUUCGGAAUAUCUGUAAAGUGCAGAUCCUCUGCAUGCUAUGAGCAGCUUGUGUCCUACAAGCAUCUAAUAUGGAUUUGUUACAAGUAAAUUGAAUAACUGGGAGAAAUACCUGCGGUUUUCAUCCAGACAUGAUUGAUUUUAUCCUUAAUAUAACCUGAUGUAACAUCACUCAGACAUUUAAAGUAGAAGAAAAUUGUAAAUCAGAAGAAAAUGGGAAAAAGCACUACAAAAUGCCUGAGAUUUUCACAAAUUAAAUGCUUCCUACACACUGGAAGAAUGGGCUUCAGCCACAUUUGUACUUCCGUCUUUGUUAUCGGAAACUAAGUAAGUAAGUAAGUUAUUGGAGAAUAAGUAAGCACCAAGGAUAGAGCAGUGACUGAGGAGUGCACGUUGAUUGCCCUCUAGGUAUUUUGCAGCAGACAAGGUGACAUGCCUCAGAUCUGUGGCUUUUUCUGUGAUGUUUGUUAGGAAUCUGGUCAAAUAGCCAAUGGCAGUCACCACAUAGCACUGGGAUGAUAAGCCCCCCCACAGGCAGCUCCUUGGCCCUGGCUGGACCAAGAUUAGUUUGUCCUUUGCGAAGAAGUGCUGUAAUCAGUCUUAAGUCCUGAUGAGGAGCAGUAGGAUGCAGCCCUUCCACUGUCUCGGUAGCCUUCCUAAAGAUGGAAUAAAGGAAAAUCUUCAUUGAAUUCCUGUGGUAGCUUUGGGUCAGUCCUGUGAGCAAAGUAAUGUGACCUUUUGGCCCAGGAGCUGCAUAUCUGAAAGGGUAUUAUCUUGAAUCUUAAUUCACGGAUCCUAUUGAGAUGCAUCUGUCGAGUGCUAGCAUCUCUAGAUGCAGAGCACGAGCUGCUUGUAAGCUAGGUUCACUAAGUCCUUUCAGACUCAAUAGCAAUAGAGAAGUAAAGCCUAACCACUAGAGAUCUUUGCAGUUCUGGUUUUGUGAUGUUUGGUUAUUGCUGGUUUAUAUAA